AUGCAUUGGCAGGUUAUAAGUUAUAACACAUCACUCUUGGCUUAUGGACAGACUGGGAGUGGAAAGACAUACACAUUGUGGGGACCUCCCAGUGCAAUGGUUGAGACUCCAUCAACCAAUGGUCUUCAGGGCAUUGUUCCACGCAUUUUCCAGAUGUUGUUUGAUAACAUUGAGAGAGAGCAUGGGAAUUCUGAAAAGAAACAAAUAAGUUACCAAUGUCAUUGUUCAUUCCUUGAGGUAUACAAUGGCCAUAUUGGGGAUUUACUUGAUCCUAUGCAGAGGAAUUUGAAGAUAAAGGAUGACACCAAAAAUGGAUUUUAUGUUGAGAAUCUGGCAGAGGAAUAUGAUUCUUUGGAGAAGUUUUUCGUGGCAUUUGGAAUAGAACAAAAGUUGCCAAUUCUUGUCCUGCCUCCAACUGAUAUCCAAGUCAUUGAGUGUGAACAGUCGGAAGCAGAGCAAGGACUCUAUUAUGCCCUCUACAAGAAAUCUUUACCGGGGAGUGGAAAGAAAUUUCAUCUUAAAGAAAACGGGAAAUCUCUUGCAUGA